CUCUGUUCUUCUUCUUCUUCUUCUUCUUCUCACUCGAAAAUUUCUUAUUAGAUGUCUUAAAAACUUUAGUUUAGAGAGGAUUGAGUUUAGUUUGCCUAUCUGUGUAAGUUCCGAACUUUGGCUUUCAGUUUUGUGGGGAAUCAUUGUUAUAUCUCUAUGGAUUUGAUGGUAUCCACAAGCAGUGCUCAAGAAGGGUUUUGCUUGAUUCAACAAUUUCAUCGCGAAUGUAAACGAGGUAAUAAGCUUGACGUCUCAGGUCGUACGACUCGUAGUAUUAGUUCUAAAGUCCCUCUUUGGUCACGAAAAAGGAAUCGACUUGUUCUUGUUUCUGCGGCCUCCAAAGUUGAGAGUUCCGGUCUUAACGGUAGAGCUCAAAAGUUCGAAUCUUUGUCUUCUGUGCAUAGCAAUAGUAACGGUAAUGGCCAUUUCAGCUCUGUGAAUUCAUCUUUUGUGUUGGAAGAUGUCGAGAGUAAUAACCAUUUGCGUCAGCUGGUUAGAACUGGAGAAUUGGAGGAAGGGUUUAAGUUUCUGGAGAACAUGGUUUAUCAUGGUAAUGUUCCUGAUAUCAUUCCCUGCACGACAUUGAUCCGUGGAUUCUGUAGGAUGGGUAAGACAAGGAAAGCUGCUAAGAUCUUGGAGGUUCUUGAAGGCUCUGGUGCUGUUCCUGAUGUUAUAACUUACAAUGUUAUGAUUAGUGGGUAUUGUAAAGCUGGGGAGAUCAAUAACGCUUUAUCGGUUCUCGAUAGAAUGAGUGUUUCGCCGGAUGUUGUCACUUAUAAUACCAUCUUGCGUUCUCUUUGCGAUAGUGGGAAACUUAAGCAAGCCAUGGAGGUUCUUGAUAGGAUGCUUCAGAGAGACUGUUAUCCAGAUGUGAUUACUUACACUAUAUUGAUUGAAGCUACUUGCAGAGAUAGCGGUGUUGGACAAGCGAUGAAGCUUCUAGAUGAGAUGAGGGAUAGAGGAUGUACGCCCGAUGUUGUGACUUAUAACGUUCUUGUGAACGACAUUGUCACCUACAACACUAUGCUAACAGCUUUGUGCAAAGAUGGGAAAGUUGAAGAUGCGGUUGAGAUACUUAAUCAACUUAGUAGCAAGGGAUGUUCUCCUGUUCUAAUCACUUAUAAUACUGUCAUUGAUGGGCUUGCAAAAGCUGGUAAAACAGGCAAAGCGAUAAAACUGCUAGACGAGAUGCGUGCGAAAGAUUUAAAGCCUGACACUAUCACAUAUUCCUCUCUUGUUGGAGGUUUAAGCAGGGAAGGAAAAGUAGACGAAGCCAUUAAGUUUUUCCAUGAGUUUGAGCGGAUGGGUGUUAGGCCAAAUGCAGUCACCUUUAAUUCUAUAAUGCUCGGACUCUGUAAGACUCGGCAAACAGAUCGUGCCAUCGAUUUCUUGGUUUAUAUGAUCAAUAGAGGGUGUAAACCGACUGAAACAUCAUACACGAUUCUGAUAGAAGGCUUAGCUUAUGAAGGUAUGGCAAAGGAAGCUCUGGAGCUACUUAAUGAGCUUUGUAACAAGGGACUCAUGAAGAGAAGCUCUGCUGAGCAAGUUGCAGGGAAGAUGUAGUAUUAAGUAGUUUACUCACGAGUCAGGUCCCUUGUAUUGAUUUGUGCUUAAGAGAACAUUUCAGUGGCUCCUUUCUACUUAUUAUGUCUUAGGUUCAGUUUUGAUUUUGUCAGAUUUGGUUUGGGAGUUUGCAUAUCAAUAC